AUGGCUACUCCAAUCCCUCGGGGCCUCCGCCAGGUCCUCCAGAAGUCGCCUUCGGAUAUCGUGAUUCUCUCUUCUCUUCGGACCCCGGUGACUCGUGCGAAGAAGGGCGGGUUCAAAGAUGCUUACCCGGAAGAGCUCCUCGCCAACGUGCUCCGGGCGACUCUCGAGGCGAACCCGAAACUCGACCCGGCUUUGAUUGACGACGUUUCGAUUGGCUCCGUGCUUCAAGAACUUGGCGGUGCGAAAGCAGGCCGGAUGGCCCAAAUCCACGCCGGAUUCCCCCAUUCGGUCCCGUUCCACACGAUCAACAGGCAAUGUUCCUCUGGGUUGGCCGCUAUCACCACCGUUGCAAAUGGUAUCCGUGCGGGGGCGAUUAACGUUGGUGUCGGAGGAGGAAUGGAGUCCAUGACGCGAAACUACGGGUCGCGCGCUAUCCCCACCGUUCUCUGGCCGGAGUUGAAGGAGUCUCCCUCCCAGGACGCCAGGGAUUGCAUCAUGCCCAUGGGCAUCACCUCGGAGAACGUUGCUGCUCGAUAUGGGAUCUCCCGAGCCGACCAGGAUGUCUUCGCAGCCGCGUCGCACAAGAAGGCUACGGACGCUCAGAACGCGGGCCUGUUCGAUUCCGAAAUCGUUCCCGUCAAGACGCUCUCGUUCGACCCUGAGAACCCCGAUGCCGCCCCGAAGGAAAUCACGGUCGCGAAAGAUGACGGCGUGCGCCACAACAUCUCCGUUGAGAAGAUGGCCAGCUUGAAGCCGGCCUUCUCUGCAACUGGAUCCAGCACCGCGGGAAACAGCUCGCAGGUCAGCGAUGGAGCUGCGGCUACUCUUCUAAUGCGCCGCUCUACUGCUACGGAACUUGGCUUGACCUCCUCGAUCAAGGGCCGCUGGGUCGGCACGGCCGUCGCUGGCUGCGCCCCCGACGAGAUGGGUGUUGGACCUGCGGUCGCCAUUCCCAAGCUCCUGCAACUCCUGGACGUGAAUGUAUCCGACGUCGGAAUCUGGGAGAUCAACGAAGCUUUCGCCUCCCAGGCCCUUUACUGCACCCGCAAGUUGGGAAUUGACGAGGCGAAGGUCAACCCUAAGGGCGGUGCGAUCGCCAUCGGCCACCCUCUCGGCGCCACUGGUGCUAGACAGCUGGCAACUCUCCUGCCGGAGUUGGAGCGGACCGGCCAGGAAGUGGGCGUCGUCAGCAUGUGUAUCGGAACCGGCAUGGGAAUGGCUGGCAUGUUCGUUCGGGAAUAA